AUGGAUGUUGAGAGCAUUGAAAGAGCCCUCUCCGGCAAAGUGGAAAUCUUCAUGCGGAACGUUGGUGAGCAGAUCUCCCACUACGAUGGCCCCAAGGGUAUCGGCGCCUCUGAAGAGAAUCUCGGCCUCCUGUGCCGAGGCGAUCCGCGUUCGGAACUGAUUUUGAAUCUAUUUGCUGGUGGCAAUGGUCUCUCUCUCCUCCUCAAUGGUUUCACGGGCUCACUGAACAGACUACUACUACCCACUACAAUCCAAAUCCAGUCGCUAAGUCCAUUGGCACACGUGCGCGACGGGUCAUAUCGCACACCGACGUACAUCAUUCAUGGGGAGAAAGACGAGGUCGUCCCAUGUCAGAUGAGCGUGACAUUCAUCAAGGAGAUGAAGGCGAGAGGUCUGGAUGGUGAGGUGCAAGUGGUGCCACGCAGAAGGCAUAUCUUUGAUUUGACAUUGAAACCGGGGGAUGCGCAGUGGAAGAAGUGGAUAGAGCCUGGAUAUCAAUUCUUGUUUGAGCAUCUAUUAGUGGAGGGUACAGGUGACAACAAUACUCGAUGA